AGAUAACAGUCAGGCAACGAGUGAUGUCUGAGGAGUAAAGUUGAGACUGUGCUGUCUGUCCAAAGGGCCCUGCAUGAGGCUGCUGAGAGCUCAUAUGAGAAGUGAUAUGGAGCAUGUUGUUUACUUCCUCCUCUUGAGUUACUUCAGCCACAGCGUCGGAGCGUUUUCACUGCAGAGAUGCUUCCUCGCCGGUAGAACAGCUAUUUGUUCCAAUCACAAACUGAGCCAAAUCCCCACAGACCUGCCUCACUCUGUGCGCAGCAUUGACCUGAGAGGCAACAACAUCUCAAACAUACAGCUCUCAGACUUUUCAGAUUUCCCCAACGUCACUUCGCUAAAUCUAAAACACAACGGUAUCUCGCACAUCGGCAAACUCACUUUUUCUAAACUGACUUCACUCAGACAGCUGAUUCUGAGCGAUAAUAGAAUAGAGAUACUUAUAGAGGAAGUAUUUCAUGGUCUGUCUAAACUGAAAGAGCUACUGAUUGACUCAAAUCACAUCCAGAGCGUAGAGCCGAACGCCUUUAGACUCCUGAGCAGCCUUACGUUUCUCAAUCUGUCCAGCAACAACCUCCGCACCAUCUCACAAGUUCAUUUACGCCACAUGCCUCUUUUAAAUCAACUCAUUAUACGAAACAUUAGCAUAACUACGUUUAGCUCACCAGAUCUGGCAAAUACCUCGACUCAAAUUAAGUCUCUGGAUUUGUCCAGAAACCCGCUUGAGAAGUUUGAGGUAUCAGCCGACGUAUUUCCUAAACUAAAUGAACUUUCCAUUGGGGAGCCGACUUUAAAGCCCAUCCUGCGCUGGAAUGUGCAAAACAGUAGUGUGCUGAGUAAUGUGACCACCCUGGACGUCACCGGGAUUCGAAUGGCUUCUAACAACGAAUGGAUAAAACUAUUUUCAACUUUCAACUCAUCCGUAACUCUCCUAAAUUUAAACAAAAUGAGAUUCAUGAAACCCGAUGUCCUCAUAAACCUGUCCUGCUCCUUAUCGAAGCUACAACAACUGAAGAUACAGAAAAACAGUCUCAUAAUUGGGCCCAACUUAUUUCACACGUGUCAUAGUGUUACAAAUCUUAACCUGCGUGACAACAAUAUCAAACGUAUAAACGAUGGCUCCUUUAGCAGUUUUCGUCGUUUACAGAUCCUCAUCCUCAGUUAUAACAGAAUACAGAGAGUCCCAUUAGCAACACAAAAACUAACAUCCCUGCAAGAACUCGAUCUUUCAUUUAACCACAUCAAAACAAUCGGAUGUCACGAUUUUACCGGACUGGAGAAUCUGAAACAACUCGAUCUUCAGCAGAACAAGAUUACAGUUUUGAGUAACUGCUCCUUCCUCAAAAUGAACAAGUUACAAAUUUUGAAAUUACAGGGAAAUUUGAUAGCAGAAUUUGGUAGUGUGUUCCAAACCAGUUUACCAAAUCUCAAGUUGCUUUACUUAGAUCGGAACAAACUCACGGAGAUAACCCGAGAUGUGUUCAGCGGUUUGAAAUCGCUCAGGGACUUGUUUUUAGCUCAAAAUCAGAUCAAAAGGCUGCAUAAAGGUUGCUUCUCUGGUCUGACAAAACUGAUGGGUCUACAGCUACAGAAGAAUGAACUCAAAGACACUGCAUUCAACUCUCUCUAUUUCGAAGAUUUGUUGAAUCUGAGGAGACUGGAUUUACAAAAUAAUAACUUUAAAGUCGGGCAAAACUCUCAUAUAAAGACAUCUCCAUUUCAAAACUUAUCUCGUUUAGACAGUUUACUGAUUUCAGGGCGGAGUUCUGCAGGACAUACCAUUUUGCCUUCAAACUUCCUUCAGGGGUUAAAAAGUUUGUCAGCAUUUUCUUGCAAAAAAUGGGGACUUUCGAACUUUUCUGAAAACUUCUUCCACCACACGCCUCGUCUCAUCUCUCUGGACAUCAGUUCCAAUGACCUCUUCGAAGUACCUGCAGAAGUUUUCGCUCCAAUUCCAAAUCUACAGAAACUCCAAAUCGGUGACACAAACCUGGGCUCCUUGGACUUUCUGAUCAACGCAAACCUGACGAAGCUGACGUUUCUCAAUGCACAAAAAAAUUCCUUCUCUGUGAUCAGCGAGAACAUUAUCAAGUCUGUACCAAGUCUGCAGGAGUUGGAUUUGAAACAGAACUCUUUUACCUGUGACUGUGAGAAUGCGUGGCUUGUGAGUUGGAUUAUAAACGAUGAACAGACGCAGGUGAGGGAUGCGCAUAGCUUCAAGUGUAAGUACCCUCCAGAGCGUAAGGGCUCCACACUUCUGCAGCUAAACGUACAGUCGUGUUUGCUGGAUGUAGGCUUUCUCUGCUUCAUCUGCAGCUCGUGUUUCACCUCACUGAUCCUCGUGGCCACCUUCAUUUUCCACUUCAGCAGAUUUCAGCUGAUGUACGCCUACUACCUCCUCAUGGCAUGGCUCUUCGACUCAAGAAAGAGGCAGAAGCACGCGGAGUGCCUGUACGAUGGUUUUGUGUCGUACAACAGCAAAGACGAGGCUUGGGUGUGUGAGCAGCUGGUGCCGAAGCUGGAACAGGAGCAAGGGUGGAGGCUCUGUUUGCACCACCGAGACUUCCUCCCAGGGAGGCCCAUUGUGGAGAACAUCGCUGAAGCUGUUUACAGAAGCAGGAAAACCAUCUGUGUGGUGAGCCGCCGGUACCUGCAGAGCGAGUGGUGCUCUAAAGAGUUGCAGCUGGCCAGUUUCAGGUUGUUCGAUGAGCGUGAGGACGUCUUAAUCCUUGUGUUCUUGGAGGACAUCCCCUCGUAUCAUCUGUCCCCGUUUUACCGCAUGAAGAAAUUGCUCCAGAGACGUACGUACCUGAGCUGGACCCGCGCCCAGGACAACCCACAGCUGUUCUGGGAGAAACUACGGCAAGCGCUAAGGUCCACUAGCACAGGAGUGGAGGAGGAGAGACUACGACUCACUGCUAACUCCUUGUGCAGUGAAUGAAGAGUCCUUUUACUGAUAUCUUGAUUAAUCAUUAUUGUGUCUUGUACAGUCAUUUAAUAUGUGAUUAUAGCAUUUUCAAAACAAUCAAAGGUAACAUGGUGAUCUAAAUGUGUUAUGUGUUAGCAGUAGUGUGUAUCAAAUGCUCAUGAGCAACUUUUCUGUAAGUAAUUACCAUCAAAAAGUUGUGGGGUCCAGAUUAUAUGACUGCAUGUAUGUCUAAGAAUUUCAGCUGUUACCGUCGUGACGCAAUGCACACAUUAGCAAACACUGUC